UGUUAUUUGCAAAAAAUAGAACUUUAUUGUGGAACCAGCAAACUUAAAUGUUGCUAAUAACAAUUGUCGUUAAGUGAAGAAUAUUUUUAGUCCAGCGAUUUGUUUUUAAGGAACUAAAUUUACUAACUGACGAUAGCAGUCAAAUGUUAGUAUUUUUAGUUAAAAAUUAAAAACAAUAACUUUAGAGCGCACUCUUAUACAAACAUCGCCAUAUAAUUGAAAAUAAAAAUGGAAGUACAACAGCUUGAAAUUCUUUGCAAGCAAUUGUACGAAGCAACGGACUCUGCAAUAAGAUCAGAUGCCGAGAAAGCAUUAGUGCAAUUUGUUAGCAGUCCAGAUGCGCUGCCGAAAUGUCAGAUGUUGCUUGAUCGGGCGGAUUCAAGUUAUGCACAACUCUUAGCAGCUACCACACUUACAAAAUUAUUGCAAGGACUUACCUUAGAGCAGCGCAUUGAUAUAAGGAGUUACGUGCUCAACUAUUUGGCAACGAGACCAAAUCUUGUACACUACGUGGUGCAAGCGUUGGUUACAUUGAUUGCAAAAAUUACAAAAUAUGGAUGGUUUGAUGCAUAUGAAUCUGAACUUAUAUUUCAAAACAUUUUGGAAGAUGUUAAAAAAUUUUUACAAGGGUCUGUAGAACAUUGUACGAUUGGUGUUCAAAUUUUAUCACAAUUGGUUUCAGAAAUGAACACUUUCAUAGAAUUGGAUGCAAAUUUCUCAUUUUUAAAGAGCCGCAAAAUAGGUACUUCAUUUAGGGAUCAUCAACUUUACGAUAUAUUUUUAUUAUCUUGUUCGCUACUUGUAACUGCGAGGGACACUAGCAAAAACUUAAACUUUUUGGAUGAUUCUAAACGAGGGCUUAUAUCGCAUGUGCUUCGUUUAACAAAGAAUUGUUUAAGUUUUGAUUUCAUUGGUAGCUCAACAGAUGAAUCCUCCGAUGAUAUGAAUAGUGUACAAAUACCAACAUCAUGGCGUCCAGCAUUCCUUGAUCCAAACACAUUAAAAUUAUUUUUUGAUUUGUAUCAGAUAUUAUCAAAUGGUUUAGCGCAAUAUUCUCUACAAUGUUUGGUGCAAAUGACAUCAGUACGUAGGUCGCUUUUUAAUAAUUCCGAACGCACAAAAUUUUUAACUAAUUUAGUGGAAGGAGUCAAAAACAUUCUCGUCAAUUUACAUGGUUUGAGCGAUGCGGACAACUAUCACGAAUUUUGUAGACUCUUGGCGCGUUUAAAAUCAAAUUAUCAACUGGGUGAAUUAAUAGCUGUACCUUGCUAUCCCGAGGCAAUAGAACUUAUAGCAAAAUUUACAGUAGAAUCUUUACGGAUGUGGCAAUUUGCACCCAACAGUGUACAUUAUUUACUGACACUAUGGCAACGUAUGGUGGCAUCAGUGCCGUAUGUUAAAUCUCCUGAACCACAUUUAUUGGGCACAUAUACACCGGAAGUAACAAAGGCCUAUAUUGAGUCCCGUCUAGAAUCGGUACCAGUAACGGUGCGUGAUAAUUUGGAAGAUCCUUUAGAUGAUCUUUGUAUGGUGCAGCAACAGCUAGAGCAACUGUCUGUGAUUGAACGUUGUGAAUAUGAUAAAACAUGUGCUCUUCUGGUACAACAUUUUGAUCAAAAAGCGCGUGAAUAUGAAAAUUUAUUACAAACACCAAAUGCUAAUCCCAUGGAUAUUACUAUACAUGAACUGCAGUUAACUUGGCUGGUAUAUAUAAUAGGUUCAGCUAUUGUUGGACGUUUGGCUGUUAACUCCAAUGAUGAACAUGAUACAAUGGAUGGUGAAUUAGUGAUAAGAGUUUUACAAUUAAUGAGUCUAACAGAUGCUCGUCUGCCUCAAGCAGGUUGUGAGAAAUUGGAACUAGCGGUAUUGAGCUUUCUGGAGCAAGUGCGAAAAAUGCACAUCAGCGAACAAACGCAAAAAGUAAAUGUUUAUAAGAGACUGAGUGAGGUUUUUGGAGUAAACGAUGAACAAAUGCUGUUAAGUUUUAUCAAUCGAAAAAUUAUUACUAAUUUAAAAUACUGGGGCCAUUCGGAAUCGAUCAUUACAAAAACACUCAUGUUAUUAUCUGAUCUCUCUUUACAUUUUAAUUCGGUGCGUAAAUUGGCAAAGUUAGAGGAAGUGCAAUUUAUGCUAACACAUCACACUAGUGAACAUUUUCCAUUUUUGGGUACAAAUUCAUCACUAACUGAAAUGCGUUGUCGUACAAUGUUCUACACAUCUUUGGGUCGUUUACUGAUGUUCGAUUUGGGAGAGGAUGAAGAAAGAUUUUAUAAUUUUUUAACGCCGCUUACAAAUCAAUUUGAAUCGCUCGGCAGUGUCCUAAUGGAUGCAAACAGUUUCCCAAAUGAGGAGGCUAAAAAAGCAAUUAUAGGCUUAGCUCGUGAUUUACGUGGAUUAGCUCAACCGUUAAACGCAAGAGUACCAUAUACCAUGUUAUUUGAAUGGCUGUAUUAUGCGGACUAUUUACCCAUUUUAAUACGAGCAGUUGAGCUGUGGGCACAUGAUCCUGCUGUGACUACACCUGUACUGAAACUUUUCGCCGAAUUAGUGCACUGUCGCACGCAGCGAUUACAAGGAAAUGUUUCCAGUCCAAUUGGCAUACUUUUGUUUCGGGAAGCUUCGAAAUUGAUUUGCAUUUAUGGCAAUCGUAUAUUACACUUAGAUGUACCACAUGAUCAGCAGUAUCCAAUGCGACUCAAGGGUAUAUCCGUUUGUUUUCUGAUUUUAAAGAAUGCCUUAGGUGGAAAUUAUGUUAAUUUUGGUGUCUUCAAAUUAUAUGGGGAUGAUACGUUGGAUAACGUGCUCAAUAUUACAGCUAAAUUAAUAUUAUCAAUACAGUUAAAUGAUUUAUUGGAAUAUCCAAAAUUAUCAGCGACAUAUUAUGGCUUACUUAAUUGCUUAUCACAGGAUCAUAUAACAUUCAUAGCUGGUUUAGAACCGCGUGCAUUUGUUUAUAUAUUGGAGAGUUUGGCCAAAGGUUUAACUGCCAUAGAUUCAUCUGUUUAUAUAAAUUGUUGUACUAUAUUGGAUAAUAUUGUGUCAUACAUAUUUAAGCAAUUACAAUUAAAAGUUUCGACAUUCCCAAAUAAAAAGCUACGCAACAUAACACCCGAAAACGCACAGUUCCUGGAGGUUGUUAAAAUGAAUUCUGAAUUACUACAGUCAAUGAUGUCAACUUUGUUAAAUAAUAUUAUGGCAGAGGAUUGCAGAAAUCAGUGGUCUAUGUCACGUCCAUUGUUAGUGCUAAUACUUCUAUACGAGGAUUACUUUCAAUCUCUAAAGGAUAAUAUAAUACGUGUACAACCGUUAGAUAAACAACAGACAAUGGCACAGUGGUUCUCUGAUUUAAUGAUGGGCAUUGAACGAAAUGUGACUAGUAAAAAUAAAGAGAAAUUUUCACAAAAUCUGUCAUCGUUCCGUCGAGAUGUUGUUAACUUGCCAAAAUCAUCAAGCUACAAUACGGUUAACUCUUAUCAGGUUUAUUCUGAAACAAAUUAUUCAGUGUCGGUUUAAUUGGUCUGGAUUGUUGGUGGAUAUGGCGUGAAGAAUUUAAACAAGAACUUUUUUAUAGUGAUGUGAAGAAUGAGGGUUCAUAUAUGGAAAAUCUAAGUUAUGUUAAUAAAUAAACAUACUACUUAUUUUGUACGUAUGAAGUAUACAAUUAUUUUGUUUGUAUGUGCAAA